AAGGCCGGAAGGGGCGGUGGCCUCCUUUGCGUCUCUGUCCCGCUGGGCCCCUUUUUCCUUCCCACUAACGCCUGCCUGCCUGCCUGCCUGCCUGCCUGCGUCCGGCGUCGCGAUGCUCCCCGCCAAGGGCUCCCUCGGGGCCCCUUCCCCGUCUGCUCCUCCUUCUCCCCGGGAGGCGUCCGCGGCGGUGGUCUCUGCGGCGGUGGCGGGGCGACGCGGGGCGGGCAAGUCGGCGCUGCUGGCGCUGCUGCUGCUGCGGCGGCGGAGCGCCUGCGCGGGGGGGACCUCCCCGGCCUCCUCUUCGGCCUCGUCCCCGGGGCCUCGCCCGGCCCUACUCCCGCACCCGGAGCACCCGAACCGGCUCUUCUGGGAGCUCCGGCUGGGCGAGGAGGAGCGGCAGGAGGAGGAGGGCGGCCGCUGGGCGGCGGAGGCCGAGGCGCUGGUCCUGGUGGCCGGCAGCAGGGGCUUUGGGGCAGCGGAGGCCCGGGUGGCGGAGGAGGCGCGGGCCGCGGGGCGGAGCGUCUUCUUCGUCCGGAGCCAGGCAGACCUGGAGCUCCACACCCUCCGGCGGAGGAUGGAGGGUCGCCGCUUCGACCGGGAGGAGGCGCUGGGGGCGCUGCGGGGCGCCUGCGCGGAGGGGCUGCGGGCGGCGGGGGUCCCCGGGGAGCCCCCGGUCUUCCUCGUCUCCGCCUUCGAGCCCCGUGAGAUGGACGCCCCCCGGCUCCACACUGCCCUCAUGGAGGACCUUGCCGCCCGCGAGCGGGCCCUGGGCCCCCCCCAGCUGGACUUCGAGGUGAUCAGCGAGCGCGAGGCGGCUGAGAUCCAGGAGGCCUACGCCUUGGGGGGCCUCUCCGAGGUGGUGACCCGUGUCCAGUGCCGGCUGGAGACGCUCUGGGCCACACGGCUGGACGUGGCCAUCACGGGAGAGUCGGGGGCCGGGAAGUCCACUUUCAUCAAUGCCUUGCGGGGCCUGGGUGACGAGGAGGAGGGGGCGGCCGCCACAGGCGUGACGGAGACCACCGCUCGGCCCACGCCGUACCCCUACCCCGGCCACGCCAAUGUCACCUUGUGGGACCUCCCUGGCAUCGGCACCCCCUCCUUCCGGCCCGAUGGCUACUUGGAGGCGGUGGACUUUGGCCGCUACGACUUCUUCCUCAUCUUGGCCUCGGAGCGGUUCAAAGAGAGCCACGUCCUCCUUGCCCGAGCCAUCGUCUCCCAGGGGAAGCUGUUCUAUUUCAUCCGCACCAAAGUGGACAACGAUCUGGAGUCUGCACGGAGGCGGAGGAGCCCGCCGGCUGAGGAGGCUGUCCUGGCAGAGAUCCGGGGUGACUGCAAGGCCCGGCUGGCUGAGGCAGGGCUGCCUGUGGCCCCGGUCUUCCUCCUCAACAGCUUCGAGAUCGAGCGCUUUGACUUCCCAUUGUUUGAGGAGACGCUGGAGAGGGAGCUGCCGGGGCACAAACGCCAGGCCUUCCUCCUGGCUCUGCCCAACCUCUCCUCCGUCAUCAUUGAGCGGAAGCGGCAGCUCCUCCACCAGGAGGUCUGGAAGGUGGCCCUUGUCUCCAGUCUGGUGGCCGCUGUCCCUCUGCCGGGCCUGGGUUUCACCUGCGACGUUUCCAUCUUGCUGCGGAAACUCUCCACCUACCGGCAAGACUUCGGACUGGAUGCUGCCUCCCUGGCCCGCCUGGCUGAGCGCUCAAGGAAGCCGAUGGAGGCGCUGCGGGCUGAGGUGCGAAGCACUCUUGGCCGCAGCAUCAGCCGGGAGGUGGUCAUUGCACUGCUGGGCAAGGCUACUGGCACAGGACUGGUGGUGGCCAACUUCCUUGUCCACCGCAUCCCAAUCUAUGGGGCCCUGGCUUCAGGUGGCAUUUCGUUCCACACCACCUACUCCAUGCUGAGCCAGUGCCUGGAGGGGCUGGCCACCGAUUCCCAGCAGGUCCUCUUGAAGGCCUGUGAGAGCAAGGUCUGAGGCGACCGCAAAGGGAUUGAUCCCCCUUCCCCCCAUCGGCCUCAUCACCCCCCACUAACACCCCAUCACAGCCCCCCCCUCCGAA